UUAGCAAACUGUACAGAUAACAUGGCAACGCUGGUUUCAUCAUUUUCGCGCUUAAUUUUUGUUCGCGCGUCAAAUCGUCUAUCUUUCGACUUUUUUGUCGCGAUGGGAAAGCCGGCGUCGCAGAGGGCUACGAAGAGAAAGCGUAACGAUGAAGAGGACCAAGCGAAGCAGUCGGAAGCAUCAAACAAAGAUGCGGAGGGCACACCGUCAUCCGACAAAGGCGACGAGUCCGAUAAAGCCGGUUCGAAGCACCCAAGGCCUGACAGUGCGCAUGGCGACACAAACGAUGAGGCACACGAUCAGAAGCCGUGGAAUUUAAAGAUAUGUUCGUGGAAUGUGAACGGAGUCCGAGCUUGGCUGGGAAAAGAGGGUCUGUCGUUCCUAGAAAAGGAGAACCCAGACGUGUUUGCCAUACAAGAAACCAAAUGUUCCGAUGCGAAGUUGCCCAAAGAAGUCAAAGAUGUGAAGGGGUAUCAUUCCUACUUUCUCGCCGGCGAUCAGGAAGGGUACUCUGGGGUGGGCCUUCUGUCGAAGAUCAAGCCGCUCGACGUAAAGUACGGCAUCGGAAAAGAGGAGCACGACAAAGAAGGCAGGGUGAUUACCGCAGAGUUCGACAAGUUUUACCUCGUCGCUACGUAUGUACCGAACGCUGGUAAGAAGUUGGUGCGGCUGAACUAUCGCAUGGAUUGGGACAAGGACUUCCGCGCCUACCUGAAGGAGCUGGAAACCAAAAAGCCGAUUGUGUUGUGCGGCGAUCUGAACGUCGCGCAUCAAGAAAUCGACAUUGCCAAUCCCAAAGGCAACAAGAGAAAUGCCGGCUUCUCGCAGGAGGAAAGGGACGGCUUCACCACACUGCUCGACAGUGGCUUUCUGGACUCCUUCAGGCACCUCUACCCCAAAAAGGAGAAGGCCUAUACCUUCUGGACCUACAUGAUGAAUGCUCGAGCCAAAGACGUGGGAUGGAGGCUGGACUACUUUGUCCUCUCCAAGUCGCUCGAAAAGAACCUCAGCAACAGCCUCAUACUAAAAGAUGUAAUGGGCAGCGAUCACUGUCCCAUAACGCUGCUGCUCAACUUGUAAAAAAAAAAAAAAAUUGUGGUUUUUUGAUAGUUAAUAAAUGUUUGUAAUCCUGA